AUGGCGGACAUUAAAAGCGUUGUGGCCUCCAUUUCGGCGAGCAUCCGCGAGCCGUCGAAGGAUGACGUGAUCUACUUGGACGAGUGCAGCGUGACCGGCCUCAAGGACAUCUUCGACGAGGGCGUGUUCGUGGACCUGGUUUCCUUCGAGAGCUUCAGCCUCAAGUGCCUCAAGUACAACUACAGCCGCGCGCAGCAGGGCGGCGGCGAGGGCCCGGGCAGCCACGCAGGUAGCAGCCACGCAGGCAGCAGCCACGCAGGUAGCAGCCACGCAGGGAGGUUCUACCUGAAUGUGAAGAAGAAAAAAAAACUGCUGGACAAGAUAGAAAAAAGCGAAAUAAAAAACCUGACGCUGAACGUGGAAGGAGGCUUCAAGGAAACCAGGGUGUAUGAGUACCACUGCGAGUAUGCCCUGUAUGAUGUGGAGGCCAACCUGUAUAUCAACCUAGACGAGGUGGAAGACGAGCGAGUAAAAAGCAUUUGCCAGAGCAUAAUCAGUCACAAGAAUGAGCUGAAGAAGGAGAGCCCCAACAAGUGGGUGAACGAAAUAAAGGAGAGCAAAUACGCAAAGGACCUUGUGCAGCUACCGAACAUUACCAUCAAAAAUGAAAACCUCGAGUGUGCCGUCUGCAAAGCGAAGAAAAACAUAUGGCUGAACCUAUCCGAUGGGUACAUUGGGUGCGGGAGGAAAAUAUUCAAUUACGGAGGGGGCUGCCUCAACAAUGAAGAAGGAGCAGCAUUAAAGCAUUUCUACGACAGUGGAAAGAAGUACCCCCUGGUUGUUAAACUAGGAACCAUCACCAAGGAGGGAGAAGCAGAUGUGUUCUCCUACGCAGAUGAUGAAAAUGAUAGUGUAAUAGAUCCCUACAUAGAUGUGCAUCUGAAGAACCUAGGAAUUAACAUAACCAGUUUGAACAAAACGGAAGUUACAACCUUGGAGAAAGAAAUAAAAGAAAAUCAAAAUAUAAAUUUUUCGUCUAUACUGGAUAGGGAUACACAGCUGGUAUGUAAAGAGGGAAAGGUUGGGUUCCUCAAUUUAGGAAAUACAUGCUACAUGAAUUGCGCCUUGCAAGUGUUCCUCUCCAUCAAAGAGGUCAGCUACAGGUAUAUAGGCAACCAAUUCGACUUCCUCCUAACCCUAAACCCUAAAACGAAGACGCACCAUGAUUUGUUCAUUCAGUAUGCCAAACUGUGCUGCAUGAUUUAUAAAGGAGAUUACAUUAGCAAGAAAAAAAAUUAUAUAAAAAAAUUUAAAGAAGAAUGUCAGGAGAGAAAUGUGGAAGUAACCUACGACAGCGAUGUGGACGAAGAGGACUGUGUGAGCAUCAACCCGUCAAUGUUUCGAACGUGUUUAAAUCAAAAGGGGAACCCCUUCUGCAACAACAACCAGCAGGACAUCUUCGAGUUUUUAACUUACCUCCUGAAUGAGCUGAUUGAAAAUGAAAAUGUCAUUUUUCAGAGGCUGCUAAACGGGAGCAACUCCAAUAAGAGGAAAAUCGACCAGCUGGAGAGCGUCGAGCAGGGGGGGGCGCCCGAAAAGGAGGACAAAUUUAAGAAGAGCAACAAUGGAAGCGGAGGUAGCGGCGGAGUUAGCGACGGGGAGGAGCAGCAGAAAAGUGAGAAAUCCAUUUUCAACCUCUUCACCUUCGAAAUGGACCAAACCAUUGUGAGCGAUGAGUAUAACCUGAGCAAGAGCUCCUUCCACAACAACAUCCUCUCCCUGGACAUCCCCCUUGAUAGUGCCCUUUUGAAAAGUUUAGAAGCAGAGAGUUCACCUGCGUCCCCCCCGCAAGUGACGCUGCUAGACUGUCUCAACCAUUUUAUAAAAAAGGAUCACAUUGAGGAGUACUACAGUGAGGAGAAAAAAAGGAAAAUCUUGGCUCAAAAGGAUAUCAAAUUUAAGAGCUUCCCUCCGUACCUCUUUAUUCACAUUAAAAGAUUCUACGCAGAUGAGAAUUGGAGCGCUAAGAAGAUAAACAUCCCCGUGCAGACAGAUGAAUACAUCAAUUUGGAGUUCAUGCGAUCGGAGAAGAGUACCCCUGGGGGGGAUAACUCCAGUGGGUAUGCGGAAGGACAAGGGAAGAACUCCACUGGUGCUUCCCAUUCCGGGAAAAGCAACGAAGAGCACAUCAUGCAACAGCAUAAGGAUCUCUUGGACUCCCUGCUAGACCUCGGGUUUGAAAAGGAAAAAGUGUUGGAGGCCAUCAAAAAGGUCAAAGUGAAAAAUGUGAACAACUGCAUUUCGUACAUCUACGGGGAAGACUCGGUGGAGCUGGACCUUCAAGAAAUCAGCCAGGGGACGGACGUCAAUUCGGAAAACUUAAAUUCCAUCGUCAGCAUGGGCGUCAACAAAAACGUGGCCAUGGCCUCCCUCCUCAUAAACAAAAACGACUUGCAGAAGUCGAUUGACUACAUCUUUUCCAAUCUGGACGCCCUCACGGAGAGCAAGUGCGCCGCGAUCGUCAACCGGAACAAGUGCGAGGACGGCUUGGCCAACUACGAACUCGUCGCGUCCAUCGUGCACAUGGGAAGCAACGCCAACUCGGGCCACUACAUCUGCUACAUAAAGGACGGUUCUCAGUGGUACGUAUACAACGACAACAAGAUUGGCCUGUGCGACGCGAACAAGGGCAAGGACACGGCGUACAUCCACUUGUACAAGAGGAUCUGA